AUGUCGGAAACAUCAAUAGACCUUGUCAAAAACAAGCUAUUGUCAAUAGCUGCAUCAGGAAUUUAUGUGAAUUUCAAGCCCGAUAUCUUACAAAAUACGUACAAUGAAAUAUCUAAGUUUUUAUCCGUAAAUGCAGAAUCAAUCGAUACAAUAGAACUUUUCAAUUUAUUUGAAUUGCAAUUCUAUAUAUCAUUAAUGACGAACCAUGAUGUUGAAGCAAAAACUAGCUUGGAUAGACUUGUUGAUCAAUUUGGAUUUGAAAAAUCACAGCGAGUUAAGUUGUUACAAUCUAUUUAUUUUGAAGCUAUGGGGGAUGACGAAGCAGCGAUGAAAGUAUUAGGGCAAAAUGCAGACGAAUUAAAAUUAUCCCGAAGGUUGAUUACAUUCAGCAGAAAGCCAGAUAAUAAUGAAGACUACAUCGCCAGCUUAAAUUAUUAUCUAGAUUUACAACCUUCAGAUGUUAUUACAUGGGCAGAAUUAGCAGAAGAAUAUAGAACUAUUGGUCAUUAUGAAAAAGGUAUACAUUGUUUGCAAGAAAUUCUAUUACAAGAGCCAUAUGCUUAUAAUAUAUUUUACAAAGUAGGAUUGUUCUACUACUAUCAGUUUUUACAAGAAUUUACCAACAAGACCCAUGAUAAGAAAGAUAAAUUAUUGGAAGCUAUGUCUGUUUUGAAAAAUGCGAAGAAUAACUUUUUAAGAUCAAUUGAAAUAUGUGACAGCUACUCCACAAGUUGGUUGGGUAUCUAUUUGAUUUCUAAAUUGGAUUUCAAUCAGGCUUUGUUGAGCAAAUUGGCCGAUAAUAAACAAGUCAAGGUCUAUUUAGAAGAUAAUUCAAAAUUGGAAGCUUUAAGUAAACAAAAAAUCAUUAAAUUCAAUAAGCUAGAUGGCGAAGAAGAAUUCGAUAUUUUUUUAAAUAAGCAUAUAUAG